CCCUUCGCCAGCCACGGGGCCAACCCCUGGGCCAAGGUCGCCAGCUCCAAGUUCACCCGGGACUUCAUCCUCAUCUCUGAGUUCUCGGAGCAGGUGGGGCCCCAGCCCCUCCUGACCGUCCCUGAUGACGCCAAGGUGUCGGGCACUUUCGACCUCAAUUAUUUCUCCCUUCGGAUCAUGUCCGUGGAUUACCAGGCUUCCUUCGUGGGGCACCCUCCCGGCUCGGCCUACCCGAAGCUGAACUUCGUGGAGGAUUCCAAAGUGGUGCUGGGGGACUCAAAGGAAGGGGCCUUCGCGUACGUCCACCACUUGACCCUCUACGACCUGGAAGCCCGGGGUUUCGUCAGGCCUUUCUGCAUGGCCUACAUUUCUGCUGACGAGCACAAAAUCAUGCAGCAGUUUCAGGAACUCUCUGCUGAGUUCUCCAAAGCCUCCGAAUGCCUGAAGACAGGGAACAGGAAAGCUUUUGCUAACGAGCUGGAAAAGAAACUGAAAGAUCUCGACUACACCAGGACUGUCCUGCACAACGAAACUGAGAUACAGAAGAAAGCCAACGACAAGGGGUAUUACACCACCCAAGCCAUCGAGAAAGCCAACGAGCUGGCCAGCGUGGAAAAGUCCAUCAUCGAGCACCAGGAUCUGCUGAAACAAAUCAGGUCCUAUCCCUACAGGAAGCUGAAGGAGUCCGACUUCCAUCCCUACGAGCCGGAGCGUGUGCCGGAUGCGGCCGGCGCCGGCUGCGAGCGGGACCUGGCUGCCUCCGACCCCGCCGAGCCCGGCGAAACACACCUUUAUGUGCCAUCCUAUACCCCCAAGCUCAUCAAGGCGAAGUCCGCCAAAUGCUUUGACAAGAAGCUGAAGACGCUGGAGGAGCUCUGCGAUAUUUAUUUUUUCACCCAGACCCUGGACCAGUUGCAUCAGAUCGAGCGGACGUUCAGAGGGGACGCGUGCUACCUCCUGACGGAGCAGAUCAGCAGGGCGCUCUUAAAGCAGCAAAGCGUAACGAACUUUCUCUUCGAGGAUGUGUCUUUUCUGGAUGAAAAACCGCCUGAAAAACGGUACAGAGGCUGCCAGGGUCGAGAUGCCAUCGACAGAAAGUGUUUGGAAGAGUCCCUGGCUCCUAAAGUGGUGAUCAGCCUGGGAUCCUACAAGUCCAGCGUGGAGUGCGUGCCCAUCAAGAUGGAGCAGGAAAUCGAGGACUCCCAGGAGCCUAAAAUGACCGAGUCCGUCCCGUUCGAACCCCAGGAGAACCUGGACUACCUCGAUGCGGAUAUUAAAGGCAGCAUCAGCAGCGGUGAGAGCAUCGAGGUUCUCGGGACAGAGAAGCCCGCGUCCGGCCUGACGAAGUCGGAGAGCCAGGCCAGCCUCCCCGUCAGCCCCAGUCCCCAGGCGGGCAGGAGCAAGGUGGGCAGCCGGCGCACCGUCAGCGAGGACAGCAUCGAGGUUCUCAGCACCUGUCCCUCUGAGUCGCUCAUCCCCGAGGAUUUCAAAGCGAGCUACCCAAGUGCCAUUAACGAGGAACCGUACGCGGAUGAUGAAGAGGGAGGCCUCCGUUUCACCCCGAAGCUGAACCCGGACCGCGCCGACGAGCAGGAGGGCGUUUUGAACCGGGAAGACUUAGCACAGGUCGAUUCUGCCUGCUGUAUCGGGAAGGAGAGUCCCAGCUUCCUCGAGCCUCUGCCCGAGCUGGGCCAGAAGCCCUGCGACGAGGACGGGGUGGUGCGGAUCCCCCCCCAGCCCGACCGGCCGGCCCCCGCCAUCUCCUCCCUGCUCAGCGGCAGGACCCUGGUCGUGCUGGGGGAAGAGGAAGCCAUAGUCAAGAAGCUCGUGACGGCGCUCUCCAUCUUCGUGCCAAGCUGCGGCGCUUACGCCAAGCCUGUGAAGCACUGGGUCACUUCCCCUCUGCACGUGGUGGAUUUCCAGAAGUGGAAGCUGAUUGGGCUCCAGAGGAUGGCCUCGCCCGCCGGGGUGAACGUGCUGCAUGCCCUGAGCCGCUACAGCCGGUACGUCAGCGUUCUGGACGCCGACAGUAAGACUCUCCGCUGCCCGCUUUACAAAGGCACCUUGGUGUCCCGGCUGGCAGACCACCGCACGCAGAUCAAACGAGGAAGCACCUACUAUAUGCACGUCCAAAGCGUCCUCACCCAGCUGUGUUCGAAAGCCUUCCUCUUCACCUUCUGCCAUCAUUUGCACCUUCCCAUCAGUGAAAGGGAACCGGAGGAAUCCGUCGUGAAUCGCCGGAUGAACUUUCUGAAGCUGCAACUGGGCCUUGCCAACGAAGAUCUCAAAAUUGUGCAGUAUUUAGCUGAGCUGCUGAAGCUGCAGUACAUUCAGGAACCCGGCCGGGGGGUCAGCCCUCUGCUCAGGUUUGACUAUGUCCCCAGCUUUUUGUACAAAAUCUAG